AGUCCAUCGCUCCCUCCCAGGCUGCUAACUUCAUGAAUGAUGCUAUAGAGAAAGCCCGCAAGGCAGCUGAGCUGCAGGCCAAGAUCCAGUCCACACUGGCUAUGAAACCCGGAAUUCUGGGUGCUUUGGGAAACACAGGGCCACAUAACCUGGUAGCCCUGGCUAACCUGCAUGCCAUGGGCAUAGCACCACCUAAAGUGGAACCACGCGAGGUCACAAAGCCAACACCCCUCAUUUUGGAUGAGCUUGGACGAACUGUUGAUGCCAGUGGGAAAGAAGUUGAACUCACACAUCGUAUGCCCACUCUAAAAGCCAACAUCAGAGCAGUGAAGAGGGAACAGUUUCGGCAGCAGUUAAAGGAAAAGCCCAGUGAUGACCUGGAAUCCACGUCUUACUUUGACCCACGUGUGGCUAUCAUUCCUGCUCAGAGAGCCAAGAGAGGGUUUAGAUUCCAUGAACAGGGACGCUUUGAGAAGAUCGCCCAGCGCAUACGCACAAAGGCUCAGUUGGAGAAACUACAGAUGGAGAUUUCUCAGGCUGCCAAAAAGACAGGCAUACAGGCCUCCACUAAACUGGCUCUUAUUGCCCCCAAGAAGGAGUUGGGAGAGGGGGAGAUUCCUCACAUAGAGUGGUGGGACUCCUUCAUUCUGCCUUCCCAAAUAGAACUAUUUGCACAUACAAAUUUUGAUGAGGUGGAGAUGCAUGGAGUCACCAACCUAGUUGAACACCCAAUUCAGAUGGCCCCACCAGUGGAUAUAGACAAGCCAGUGACUCUGGGUGUGUAUUUGACCAAGAAGGAACAGAAGAAGCUAAGGAGACAAACACGCAGAGAAGCCCAGAAAGAGUUACAGGAAAAGGUCCGAUUGGGGCUUAUGCCUCCACCUGAACCUAAAGUGCGGAUCUCUAAUCUGAUGAGGGUCUUGGGGACGGAAGCUGUGCAGGACCCCACUAAAGUGGAGGCUCAUGUUAGAGCACAAAUGGCAAAGAGGCAGAAGUGAGCACAUGAGGAGGCAAAAG